UUGGCGGUAGGAGAUAUGCCAAUGCGGGUUUGGCCCCUCUUGGGCUAGACCCCGGCGGGGAUGCCGAGGAAGGGGCUUUGUUACCUAAGCUGUGUAGCCUCUGGGACUGGGGCUCUCUGGGUGCGCUCACGACUCACGAGUCUCGAGUAGUGGUGCCAAGUCAAGUUCUCCCAAUCAACACCAUCCUCCAACAGCCAAUCACAGGACUUUGACGUUUUCGUAUAUUCCGACGAAGGUUCGACCAUCAUCCUCAGAACAAUGUCGCUGCUCAAGAACUGCGUGGACCGCUGCUCAACUUCAGUUUAUAAAUUGACCACAUCGACUCUCAAACAUUCUCCUCGGAUCAGUCUAUUCAAUCGUUCACCUCAUCGGCCAUACCAUCAUUCUUCAUUGGUUGGCGAACUUCGUAUCAAGCAACUCAGAAGCUCCUCGCCGUAUCUAGCUCCAAAAAAUCAUCCAUCAAUCUUAAGACAUGCUCGAUCAAUUUUCAUCCAAACGGAACCUACACCCAAUGCGGAUGCGUUGAAGUUUAUACCAGGCAGACCGGUAAUGAAGAGUGGAAGCCGAGAAUUUCUUAAAGGCGAUGAUACCCGAUCGUCGCCACUAGCACGAUCGCUACUAUCGGUUGAAGGCGUCAAAUCGGUAUUUUUCGGGCCCGACUUUAUCAGUAUCAAUAAAGAAAGUGAAGUGGGCUGGCCGACGAUGAAGCCAGAAAUUUACAGCCUCUUGAUGGAAUUUUUCAGUGCAAGUGAUCGACCGGUUGUACAAGAAGGCCCGAUUGAAGAAGAGUCUGGUCCACUUGACACCCGGAUUCAUGAUGACGAUAGUGAAGUUGUGGCGAUGAUCAAAGAGCUGUUAGAUACACGGGUCAGACCUGCAAUCCAGGAAGACGGUGGCGAUUUGGAGUACAAGGGUUUCAAUGAAGAGACCGGGGUUGUUCAAUUGAUGCUUAAGGGUAGCUGUCGGGGAUGUGAUAGCAGUGCAGUGACUCUCAAGAGCGGAAUUGAACGGAUGUUGAUGCAUUAUGUACCGGAAGUGCAAUGUGUAGAGCAAGUGCAAAGUGAAGAGGAAAAAAUGGCUGAAGAUGAAUUUGCUAAGUUUGAAGCUCGUCUCAGAGGAGGUGGAAAAACAGUGGAUAUAUAAUGAGAAGCAUAAUACACAGUUCAAUCAUAUUUUCAUCAUGAUUCACGUCACAUCAUGAUUUGUCUUGAUCUCCUUUGAUCUGUAUGCCUAGGUAUAGAAGCAUUUUCAGCUUGCUGCAUCACAUUUUCUCCGUUCUUAAUUGUUCAUCAUCUUUGAUUUGCAUGUGUGUAUAUUCAAUCCCUCUCAUUCAACAGGUGACAACAAUCUCAUUUCAAACAAAUAGCACCUGAUAGAUUUUAUCCACAAGCUUGAAUUCAUCAUUUUUCAGGAGUCUAUGUUCAGAGUGUAUUAACACAAAAAUUAUGUAUCAUACACAAUCAG